ACAAGAAUCUAUGCUCAGCCGCCAAGGGUCGUUGAGAUGCGAGCAUGACAACUCAACACAACCAUCAAAAGAACCGAGCAACAGUAACGGCUCGAGUGGCUCCGAUGAGCCAAAAAUCUCAGAGGCUGUUCAUGCCGACUUCUCCAAGUACGGUCUUGCUCUAACAAAGGAAGGUCUAGUCCACUGGAAAGAGGGCAGUUCACAACAUCCUAGAAACUGGGAUAUCGACCGGAAGCUUUACGACUCGUUCUUGAUGUUGAACAUUCAUCCUCCACUGCAAGAUACUGACUAUUACUUGUGUCAGACUGCUUCGGCAAAUUAUGCUGCUGAAGAAUUGGGUAUCUCGGAGACAGUAGCAAUAUUUUGCUUUACAACCUUAUAUCUACUCGGUCAGGCUUUCGGUAGUCUUGUUCUGCCUCCAUUGACCGAAAGCCUUGGGCGUCGACCUUCGUACAUCAUUGGUUGCGCUGUGUACGCUGUUUCGAACCUUGUGGUCGCAGCCCCAGACCAUACUGCUGGGGUUGUAGUCGGACGAUUCUUCUCGGGAUUUGCAAGCGCUCUUCCCAGUACAGUGUCCUAUGGGUCUCUUGAAGACAUAUGGGAUGCAAGAGCAAGAAUAUGGGUGUUGAGUGUUUACACCGCUUUUGCUGUUUCGAGCUUGGGGAUUGGGCCAGUCAUGGGGACAUAUCUCGCUACUUCCACGCUUGGUUGGCAAUGGACCUAUUGGAUUGCAGCUAUACUAACUGCUGUUAUUACAUUACUGGCUGUGUUCAUGAAAGAAAGUAGAGCCAGCAAGUUACUGGAGACCAAUAUGAAAAAAGUCGCCAACAAACAAAAAGANCAGGACUACCCCCUUGGUCUUCUUGAACACACUAACGAUUCAACCAGAUCUAUGCCAGACUUUCGCCCUCUUGUCCAAGAGAAUCCGCCCUCAUUGCAGAGUUUCGUGUCUGAAUGCCUGACACGUCCCGCUCGACUCUUCUUCACAGAGCCCAUCAUCACCUCCCUCUCUGUUGUAUGCUCUAUGAUAUACGCAACGAUAUACCUCUUUGCAGAAGCUAUCAACGUGGUUUACACAGACGGCUUUGGGUACGCUCCAAGAAAAAGCAGUCUGAUCAACCUAACCUUCACCAUCGGGCCUUUCUUUUCUUUAUUGCCUCGAUUCUAUGACAUACACGUGUCCAACAGGCAGAGAAACAGAGGGGCGUCCGCAGUACCUGAAGACAAACUAUUCGGCUUUUAUCUGGCUGCUCCCUUGCUUGCUAUGGCGAGUUGGUACUUUGCUUGGACUAUUCCCUCCGCUGUGACGACAGUGUCACCCUUUGUUUCAAUGUCGGCUCUUGUUGUCGUAGGCUUUGCCGCCAGCGAGUUUGACUAUGUGUUGUCAGGCUAUCUCACGGACGCAUAUGGCUCGUGGGCGGCAUCGGCAAACGCACCACUAGCAAUCAUGCGAGCGCUGUUGAGUGGUGCUUUGCCUCUGUUUGGGACUGCCAUGUUCAAGAACGUUGGGAACAAUGGUGCGGCUUCCAUUAUGGCAGGCAUCGCUACAGCGUACUGUGUUGUUGCAUUCGGCUUUUGGAAGUUUGGAAGGCGGGUCAGACAUCGUAGCAAGUUUGCCGUUCAUGAUGAUGAGGAGGAAGCAAAACCUUCUGAUUUCGCAGCCACUCCAGUCGAGACAGUG